CAAAUGCAUGAAUCACGUGCUAUUAUCACAGCAUUUUGCUUGGUUGACUUUAAUUACCAACAAGCAGGUCCCUUCAACAUACCUACAAAACUUACUCAUUGGACGAAGGAAUUAACAAGGCACCAUGCUCAAAGGCAUAUUCUAGGUUUCGCUUAUCAAAAGGUGGCGCUGCCUUCCGUUAAGCUACUUUUCUACGUAAAAGGGAUGGUUGGCUUGGCCUACUUGGAUUUAACUAAUAAGGAUUUUAGUUGUGCUCAUAGGAGAUCGAAUUUAAUAGGAUUUGGAUUAGGAAAGGCUACCAAUAAGUAA